AUGCCUCGGACAUCGCUCAACGCCGGUCAGCUGCCGGCCGGUGUGCCGCCCUCGCGUAGGCCGCCCCUGCUGCCUACGCCCACGUUGCCGAAGGCUCCACAACGCGAGCAAUUGGCGAACAGCAAGGAGUUACCAGUGAGGAUUCUAUGCUUAGAUUCCGGCCGGGGUCCUCCCACUGCGCCCCAGCUGCGCCGACUGCUGGGCUUCCCCGGCGUGGUGGACCGCGUGGUGCCCGGAGACCGCUGUGAGGUUGCUGUAUAUGAGAACCCAGUUUCGGAGGUGUAUGUGACCCUGCAGCUGGAGAGGCCGCCAAAGGACACAUUCAUGCAGAUGGUCGUGAAAUGGUGUGAUUGGGAAAUAGUAGAGCAUGUCCUCGGCGGCGGCGUGGACCGCAAGUGCGAUCCACCCGAGUGGUGGCUCGCAUCAGAAGAGCUUGAAGAAAGAUGCAGUCCGUACGACGCUGUGGUUGCCAUGGAGCACAAAGACGUACCUGUGGAAGCUUUCGCGCUGGGGUGCCUACUGGGCUACAACACUUUUAUUGCUCACUUCGACAGCGCGCGAACUGCUCCCCCGGGUGCCAAGACAUCUUCAAAGAAGAAACCGUCUGGCCCACGCAUAUUAACCAAGUUCAGCAAGUGGAAGAAAGCGGAGUCAGGCUCAAGGUCUGGCUGUGGGUUGGGUGAAGGAGAUCCGCCCAUUCCUUGUCGCAAAGUGUCCUGUGAAGCAAGAAGGCUUUCUUCAAGGAGAGCGUCGGCGAACUCGGAAAAAGCUCCUCCGCCACAGCCUCCCCAGGAGGAGGAAUCGCUUGCAAACUCGACUUCGACUUCCGAAGAACCCAGCUCGUCGGCACCUCCGGCACAGCCCACGGAGAGGGAAUCCACCCAGGGGUCGCCGGCCGCUACGACUGCUGAGCACACAACUCCCGAAUCUCAAACGCAGCAACCCGCGACGACUUCAACGGCACCCGACUCUUCGGCAACUGCAGCGGACACGACGGCGCGUUCUGCACCCUCGUCUCUGUUCCCGGCAGAUCCACCAUUGCAUGAUUCUACGUCUCAACCGAAGUCAAACGCUGCGGCGGGGCAGCGGAAGCCGUCCGCCUGGCAGGGCUGGCGGACUCCCGUGGUGGUUCCCGUCCCGGAGCCGCCGCCUGAGCCCUUUAGGCCUGGCCCGCAGCCUGCCAUCAUUCAGAUUCCGACGCCGAAGAAAGAGCCGAAGGGCAAGUGGGCCGCAUUGUUCACGCCCAGUGAGACGGAAGAGGGCGCCCAAACCUCGAGCCCAGCGGCCCCAUCAUCAUCAUCCCCUACCGCACUUCCUCUUGGCUCCCAGCAAUCUGCUUCCAGCACCAAUUCAACGGGUGGCUCGCUUCCUGAUGCCUCGAAUGCGCCCCCAAGCAAAACUUCGACCUCCAGUUCACCGCCUUCGUCACCAAAAAAAUCGGCGGCGUCUACCCGUUCAGGUGAAGGUUUCAAGGUUACCCAAAUCACAGUUCAUUUUGAGCACUGUAUUAGUGCUCUCAACCUGUACUUUGUGGACAAGCAAGGCUCCACCUACACCUUGUAUCGACUUGUGGUACGAUACGCAACUAUUUGCCGUAUCGUACUUUGCAAGAAGUCGUCGACGGCUACCACGGCAUACUUGCAUCUUUUGCACACGCCGCUGCUCUACAAGUUGUGCGCUGGCAACAGCGCCACGAGCCACUGUCACCGUGAGGGCGACUACAUACCCCAGUUCAACCUGUCCGACACCACGCCAUGGGACCGGGCCGUUGAAUUCGGCGAAGGCCCAUUCAAGUGCGGCCCCGACGUGCUGGGCAAGAGCCGCGUCCUGCGGUUGCAGCUCGACGGGCCCCGCCACUGGGAGCCUCUGUGCAACCUCAUCCAGCGCACACGCCACGGCGCGCAGGUCUUCUACACUGCCGUCCGUGAGCUGCACGCGCGCGAUCUGAAGGCGGUGCCCAGGCCUAGUGUGCCCGACUACGGCGUCACCUACGCUCUGCUCAGCGUCUGGUCGGAAAGCUUUCAGGUCGCAGACGAGCUCGCGAUGAACCCCGACAGUGCCAAAGAAGUCCAGCGCAACUUGACGCAGCGUGUUCAGGAAUGUCCCCGUGCGCUGGAGGAAGCGCUUUUCGAGCUUUACUUCUCCAUCAGCCAGGGAAGGGUGUUCCGGUUCAGCAGCGCGCUGAAUCGCCUCUACAAUCGGUACCGGGGCCACCGGCUGCGCAACGACGCCUUCACUGGCUCAGUGAUUGCCCAGGAGCUUCCCGAUCACAUGGUCAAAGUGCGCAAGGUGAUCCUGACGCCCACCCGACGCGUCUACUUGCCCCCGCAGUUGGUGUGCAAGAGCCGGCUGCUGCAGCACUUCGACACCGAGUUCGCGCUGCGCAUCGUGGUGCGUGACGACGACUGCAAGCUGGUGUCUUUCUCGCUCGGAGCGUGCAAGGACGACUUCCUUAGCGCGGUCAUCAAGCCUCCACUGACACACGGCCUGAAGAUUGGUGGACGGCAUUUCGUGUUCCUGGGAUGCUCGACCAGUCAGCUGCGAAGCCACGGUGUCUGGUUCUACGCUCGUGACAAGGAGGGCCGCACCGCCGAGUCGAUACGCGCGGGUAUCGGCGAUCUGUCGGCCAUCCACAGCGUGCCCAAGUUCAUGGCACGUCUUGGGCAGGCCUUCUCCCAGUCACUGGGCUUCCUUACCGUGCCGCGCCAGUACACGACCAUCGAGCCGGACAUCCGGAAAACAAUAACGAUUCGCAGGUCCGGAGAUACCGUGGAGCGCGAGUACGUGUUCAGCGAUGGCAUCGGGCGCAUCUCGCACGUCCUGCUGCGCAAGGUACACCGUGCUCUCGAGCUUGAAGAAGGCGAGGAACCCUGCGCCGUGCAGAUUCGGUACGGCGGCUGCAAGGGCAUGCUGCUUCUCGAUCCCACGCUGGCCGGGAAACGGAUCAUCUUUCGUCAGAGCAUGUGCAAGUUCUCCUCGGAACAUGAAGACCUCUAUGUGCUGAAGACCAGCAAGCCGCGUGUGCUGUACCUGAACCGGCCCAUGAUCACCAUUCUUGAACAGAGCGGCAUCAAGGCGAAGGUGUUUCUCACACUACAAAACCGCAUCCUGGACUCCUUCAUCGACAGCAUGCUCGACCCUCACGAAGCCGCUCAGGUCCUGUGCACGUACUGUGCCAUGCGGCUUCCGUACAAGGAACUCGCAGGUGUUGGCGUCGACCUCACCGUGGAGCCAUUCUUUCGGGCGUUAGUCCGAGCUGUCAACAAAAAGGUCCUCAAGGAGCUGAAGACGAAAGCGCGCAUCCUGAUUCCACCUGCCUCCGGUCGCACCAUGUUCGGCGUGCUGGACGAAACGGGCACACUCGAGUACGGCCAGGUGUUUGUCCAGUACUCGAACGAUAUGCUGCGAUACAAGGCCAACGACCCUGCGACUAUCCUGGAAGGUGACGUUAUUGUGACGAAGAACCCGUGUAUGCAUCCCGGUGACAUCCGUAAGCUGACCGCUGUGAACGUGCCACAGCUGCACCACGUGCGCGACUGCAUUGUCUUUCCGGCCAAGGGAGACCGACCGCAUCCAGACGAGAUGGCGGGCUCUGACCUCGAUGGCGACGAGUACUCCGUGUUGUGGUAUGAUGAACUCAUUUUCAAGACCAACUGCAAUCCAAUGAGCUACUACAGCGAUCCACCACGUCAACAGAAAACACCAAUUGAGAUUGAUCUCGCGUUCAAUCAAAACAACAUCGUCCAACAGGUGCAAGACAUGAUCGACUUCUUCUGCCAGUACAUCAAGGGCGACAAGAUCGGCCUCAUAGCGAACGCGCACCUCGUGUGGGCGGACUUGCUGGACGCCGGCAUCAAUUCGCGUCGCUGCCGCGAUCUGGCCCGGAAGUGCGCUGUCAACCUGGACUUCGCAAAAUGCGGCGACCUGAAGGGGUUUCAGAACUCUGAGAAACCGCCCAUGUACCCUGACUUCAUGGAGAAGCAGGACACGAAGAACACGUACUGCUCGCGGAAGGUCCUGGGCCAGCUGUACAGGAACUGCAAGAAGGUUGAGCUGAGCACCGAGUGCCUGGACGUAGUAGAGGACACCCUACCAGACCCGCGGUUGCUGCUGGAAGGACGAGAAGCUUUCUUGGACGAAGCCAAAAGUGCCUACCGAAGGUACGCGAUGAAGAUACGGGCGCUGCUGAAGUCGUACCGCAUCGAGAGUGAGAGCGAAGCCCUCUCCGGUGCGGUGUCCAAGUUCAGCAAGUACGUGAAAGAAAAGAAUGACCCCACGGACGUGGCCAUGGUGCUGGAGAGCCAGGUCGAGCACGUGAUACGCAGAACGCGUGAAGAAUUCUCCUCUCAGACUGUCAGCGAGCUGCAGGAGAACUUGAAGGCCUCGGCGUGGUACCAGGUAACGUACGAGCUGCAAGCGUCAGAGGGAGGCAUCCAGAGCUUUCCGUGGGUCGUGUCUGACGUGCUCAUGCGCAUCCUGGUCGACGCCAGCCAGUCAGCAUGCGGCGCCGCGCCACCCUCGAGAAACAGCUUCACCCAGCGGCUCGGCGCCCUUCUGCUCGAUAGAACGCCGGCCCGCAGCGAUGGUCAGGGUUCAGGGAACCCAAGAGACGAGGCUCGACUUCUCAACAAUCUGCUGAAGCUGAUGUACGACUGGAUAGACUCCAAUCGUGAGUUCCUCUUCGUCAAAGAGCCACAGGAGGUCGGGGUCUACAAGAACAUCAUGCGGGACGCCUGCGUCAAGGUGUCCCGUUCCCUGUCCCGAGAUAUGCAGCCGCACAAGCUGGUCAUUCUGUGCCUGCGUUUCGCCUGUGCUUGGUGCCUCAAGAUCUUUCAAGGCGGCAGCGACGGAGAGGUCAUCUCGAGGGAAUGCAGGCGCCGCUACCGGCUCGGCCAUCUGGCGCUCAUCACUCUGAACCGUCUUUCCAUGUCCGGAAACCUCGCCUACCUGCGCCGAGCUCCGGAAGGAAACGUGUCCACCGAGUUGGUCAGGAUUUACAUCGACAGGGCCGAUGAGGAGUUCUUCACAAUAAUCCGCCGCUACGAGGACAUCUUCACGGUCAUCAUGACGGACUGGUCGGGCGUUGACACCAUCCAGUGCCACAUCAAGACUGACCGGAUGGACGAGUGGUUCCUUCAGCUCAUGGUCACUGGGAGCCGCUGGGCACUGGAGCGUCUCAAGGACAUCGUCGUGUACCCGUCGUUCCGCGAGGUGCUCUCGCUGGUCUUCAAGCGCCAGAUAUCUCAGCCCUGA